CGGGAAGGGCCGGGGGUGCCGCGGCCGCCCCGUCCCCGUCCCCGCCCGACGGCGCCGAGCUCAGGGCCGCGGUACCGGGGUCCCGCCACCCUUCCGUGCUUCUUCCGCGCCCGGCCUGGUGCAGUUCCCGCCCGCAAGCGGAUCGGUGGCAGGCUCCGGUGCGGCGGCGGGGAGCGCUCUCAGCUCCUCCGGGCUCUGGGCGCUGACGCGCCCGGCCCGCUGGGAGUUUUUUUAUCAUCUAAAAACUCAAUAUGGACCCUGAAAAUGAAAUAAAGAAGCAAGUAAACCCCUUUUACUGCAAUAUUUGCAAAAUCUGGUGUUCUUCUGCAUUAAACUUGCAGACGCACUUCCUUGGAGCAAAACACAAGACGUCUCUUUCUUCCUUGUUGGUUGAUAACUUGAUAACUCAGGUUGAAGAAGCAUUGAAACUUCAUGGCAUGUUUAAAACAGAAAGUUGCUUAGGGAAGAAAGUGAAAACUCCUGCAAAACUCCCUGAUUUUGUGCCACUGGAGCCAGAGAAGUUUCAUGGACCAGAGAAGUUUCAUGCACAGACAUUGGAAGACCAGCUUAAUACGUGUAAAGAUUCUGAGCCUGCACUUGGACUUAAUUACAUAAUAGAAUACCGAACAAAAGACAAUGUUCCUUUUCUCUAUGAAUGUCAACUAUGCUACUGUAAAACAGGACUGAGUAACAUGUUCAUGCAUGUUUGUGGUUCCAAGCACAGACUGGCAUACUUGAGACAACAUUAUCCAGAGAUAGCACAAUCUGAUGAAGUUAAGGGUAAAGGCUCUGAACUGAACAAAAAAGUUAGGCAAGUUGGAUUAACAAUUGAGAAGAAAGAAGGAAGAAAACAAAUACAGGUUGUUACAGGUGUUCCAACAAUGAGAAGGAAAUGGCAAGAAUUUCCCAGUGCAGAGGACAGCCCUUUAAAAGCUAAAGUUCAGCAUGUGGAUGUGCCCCUUAGUAAUGCAGAAAAAACAGAUAAUGAAGAUGGGAAACUGACAGACCCUAUGCAAGAUGAAAAUAAUGUUCAGGAGGAGAAUGAAGAAGGGCAGAAAGAACAGGCAAAACCAGAUGAAAACUUUGAACCUAAUAAUGCUAUUGAAAGCAGCAAAGUCAGCAACUCAGAAGGAAAGCCUGUGUGUGAGACCAAUAAGCAAUCAGAGGAAGAAAACAAGGAAGCUCAGCAAGAACUUACGGCAAAUCCUGAAGAAUUCACUAGUCAAGAAGAACUUUUGGGUUAUUUGCAAAGUUUUGAGAUACUGAAUGAAGAUGAUGCUUCAUUUAUCCUGAAAGUUACACAGACUCUCACAAAUGCACUGGUGGAAUAUCGUCAGCAGGCUGUAUCAAACAAAGACCACUUAGAUACUGGAUAUAAUGGAGAAGCAGCACUAGAAUAUUCCACAGAACAACCUGGCCUGCCUUCAGCAGAUAGUAGUGACUUUGACACUGACUACUCAAGCAGCAGAUCAGCUGAGCAGUUCUUACCAGUCAAUGAAGAUGAACCCCAGAACUUCUCAACUGGCUCUUUGGAAAUAGCAUACGAGAACAACAUCACAACUGAAUUUCUGAACAGUGUAAGGAACAUGAAUGCUGAGGAAGUUACUGCCACCCUACACAAAAUAGCAGCAUCAAAUCCAGCUUUCAGAGGAAUUGAUAUACCGAAUGUUAUAAGGAUCCUGACUGAAAGUGGAACUCUGAGAGGACCAAGCAAUGGCAGCACACAGUGACAUUUGGUAUUUAAUAGAGAUAUUAUGUGGGGACUAACAGUGGUCAAAUAAGAGAUUUUUCGGCUUCGGGCACUAGCUUGAGCACGUGGGAAAGUCAAGUACACAACACUCUCACUCUGGCCUGAGAAAUCACAAGAAGGAAUCCAAACAGUCCUUGGAGAGGGAAAACAACCUUUGCAGGUGUUGUUUGUUCCUUGUUCCUUACUUGUAAGAAAGGGUCAAGGGGCAAUGUUCCUAACUGUCCCAUGAUGGUGAUGUUUUAGUUUCAUGACCAAUGAGAGUUUUACCUUUUUGGACCUGCUCAGAACUGUUUAUAGAAGAUCUGGAAGAAUAAAACUUGCACUCUUUUGCAACUAAGGCUAGAGAGUCUGUGUUGUCACUUCACCGUUCCUAAUACAGUGCAACAAUGUUAUAGCAGUGUUUACUUUCUGUAAGUUUAUUUUACUUCAUUUUACCUCAGUGGAGUUAUUUUGUUACAUUUAAGUUUUGUACAGUGUUUUUCUUUAAAUUAUAUUCAUAAUUAGGGUUUGAUAUUCUUGUUAUUUAUUUCUCCAUUUAGCUGAAAGUUCUGUAUUGUGGAAAGGUUGUAAAGCUCAUGUUCAUUCUUUCCAUCUUAAAACAGCUCUUUAAAACAGGUAACUUGUUUUUUUCAUUAUUAUUAAACACUGCACAUUGACAGUCUGAUCUCUUCUUAUUGUUGGUUCUUUUACAAAGAAUUAUCAGCAGAAUGAAAUACUGCACUCAGCAAAACAAGCUCAUCCUACAACUAAUAAUUGGAAGUUAUUCACUGUCUGUUGGGACUGAGUAGAAAGCCUUUGUAAUCAAAAACCCUUUCCCAUAUAAGGGUUACUAACAGGUCUCAACAUUUUUUUUCUUAAUGAGAUGAAAAAUAAUAAUAAAAAGUCAGCGCUGUAAGUCUCAUGCUGAGAUGAGAAGUGCCUGGGUUAUAGCCGAUUUGGGGAGCAUAGAAGCUUCAGCAAAGUUAGUGGAAGUUAGGUACGUUUUGCAAAUUUAGAGAUAUAUCCCAAGGUGUAACCAGGCUCUGGCUAAGAGGCACUGAUGUGGUGGUAAAAGCAUCUUUUGUCAUUUAUCCUGCUCAUACGAGAAUGAAAUGAAAGCUGGUUUAUAUUGUCCUUCAGGCUCCUUUAACAUUAUUUUUUUUCCAACUAAAGUAGUACUGGUUCUGACUGAAUGUACAUGUCUAUAUAUUAAUGACUUCUACUUUUGUAGGAGGGUGAAAAAAACAUUUUGGAUGGUUAGAAAUUAGUUUGCUUGGGAAAAAAUAUUUUUUUUAAGUGAAGCUGUGUGAGUAAAAUUCACUUCCUGCUUGUGAUGCUGGGUAGCAUUCAUUGGUUCUAAUUAAAGCUCUUCAGCUUUGCAGCCAAAUACUGGUGUAAUUUAGACAUGCUGGGGCCAGAUGGCAAAUGAACUUUUUAGUGUUAACUUAUAUUUUUUUUGAGAUCUGGAUGGAAUUUGAGAAUAUUCAUCCUGAUGGUUUCACAUCUCCAUACCAUGGAAUGCAAGAUGCAGUAAAACUAAGGUAACAAAGAAAGCAGCAACAAAAUUUAUGAAUUUGAUUAUAUGAACAGACCCAGGGAGGAAAACAGUUUACAGACAAAUCACUGCUUUAAAGAAACUGAGGAAUUUCUGGAAUGCACCUAAAUCUGUUCUUAUCAGAGGCAGAGAUGGAACCAGAGUUCUUACAGUUCACUUACUUUGUAUAGGAAAUGUUAAUGCCUGCUUAAUAAAGGUGAAUUUAGUCGUAGGAAUGCUGAAAAUAUAAAUAUCUUUUUCCUGUUUGUUUUCAAGGUGCUGAACUCUGUUUGUAUUAAAACAAUAAAACCAGAAUAUUCAGCUGUUGUCAAUGGCCAUGUCUGAGACAGCUUCUUUUUCCUCUUACUGUGGAAUCAUUCCAAGUGGAAAUAAAGUUACAAUAAAGUUGAAAUAACUUGGA